CCCGGCCGAGUAGGAAUCCCCGCUCCCCGGCAGCAGCUGGCAGCUGUCCAAGCGAACAGUCAUCCCAUUCCACCCAUGGAGACGGCCUUCUUCUCCGCCGCCUCCCUCUUCCACGCCGACGACGACAGCGACGACGGCAGCGGCGCCGGAGGCAGCCGAGAUGAGAUGCAGGCGGGCUCCGAGGGGGAGAAGGAGCAGGCGUUGGAGUACGAGGAGAGGCUUCACAAGUUCCCCGGCAUGGAACUGAGCAUAAGAGAAUUUUCAUCCCAUCAAUUAAAUGCCAAUUUGCUAUGGCCUGGGACAUUUUGCUUUGCUGAAUGGUUGGUCAAGAAUCCAUCAAUUAUAGUUGGUCAACAAAUCCUGGAAUUAGGGAGUGGAACAGGGGCUUUAGCUAUUUUUGUGCGGAAGUCUUUUGGAGUGGAUAUCACAACUUCUGAUUAUGAUGACAAGGAAAUCGAAGAAAAUAUAGCUCACAAUUGCAGAGUUAAUAAUUUGGAUGCUUUACCUCAUAUCGGACACACAUGGGGAGAUCCAUUUCCAAUUCUCAGGCCCAAUUGGAACAUUAUUAUUGCCAGCGAUAUUCUACUAUACGUAAAACAGUACCCAAACCUAAUAACGACACUAUCCUUUCUUCUGAAAGAAUCCGAGCAUAACAGCCAAGGAGCUGGCUGCACAAACAUUACGACCAAAUCAGGAGUACAAGUGGUUGCUAGGUACCCCAUGUUUCUGAUGAGCUGGCGCAGAAGGAUUGGCAAAGACCAGUCACUUUUCUUUGAAGGAUGCGAGAAAGCAGGCCUCGAAGUGCAGCAUCUGGGUGAUCUCGUGUACCUCAUCAACCAGAAGAACUGAAUGUCGAGGAGCUUCUGGAUAUGCUGCUUAAACGGCGACAGAACUCUGAUGAGCCUUCGUUAACACUAGGACAAGAAAGGAAACAUAAUUGCAUAAGAAUUCUGAGUACAAUUUGUAUGGUUUGGUUUCCCCUAAACAUCGUUUUCGUCGAGAAUGUAUUGCACAGCUGUGAGAUUAGAAGGCAAACAAAUUAAGAACUUCAGAAGUGUUUCCCUCUGACAAUGUGUGUGUUGCUUGUGAUUCA